AUGGCCGACGCCCAAGUUUUCGAAGAAACCUUCACGAUAAACAGCAUCAACAACGAGAAAUACGACCGCGUAUCCCGCAUAUUCGGCACCUCCGCUGACCACAGCGUCACCAUGCAACUGGACAUCAACCACGAGCUCUUCCCCGUCAACGUGGGUGACAACAUCAACAUGGUGCUAGCGCGGACACUGAAUCUGGAUGGUUCCAAGGACGACGAGAAGGGGUGGAGGGAUACGGCGAAAGGGGAGCCGACGCUCGCGGAUAUGUUCGAUUACGUGUGUCAUGGGAAGAAUUACCGGUUUGAGGAUAAUGAUGGGGAGACCUGCAAGUUUUACUCGAGUUUUGGCGGCUUACUACUCUGCAUUGAGGGUCCUUAUAAGAAGAUGACGGGAUUGCGGAUUGAGUACAUCUACAUGCUGCUCAAGAAGUAG